CCGAGCCAUCGGCCCCCGAGCCGAGCGCCGGCCCAGAGGGCCCAGCGGCGCGCCCGCCGCCUCCCUCGCUUCGCUCGGGCGGGGAGGGAAGCCGGCGCGCCCGCCCUUUCUCGCCGCGUCCCCUCCCCCCGCCGCGCGCCGGCCUCCCCUCCCCCGGUGGUUGCGUCCGUGACAUCAUCAUCAUGGCAACAGGCGCCGCAGCCUGGGACCGAGGAGCCCGUGUGACCCGCGGCGGCGGCGGCUCCAGCACCGAAGGAAGCGCCAGGGUGUCUCUCCUGCCGGCCCGCGCCGGGCGCUGUUGAGGCGGCGGCGGUGCCCGCGGCGCCCCACCCGGCCCGCGGCCGCGGGGCCUGCGCGUGAGGGGAGGGGGCGCCGUCGCGGCUGUGGGGCCGCCCCUGCGGAAGGCGCCGCCGCCGCUGCCGGGUCGCGGGCGACGAGGAGGCGGUGGCAGCGGCGGCGAACAUGUUUUCAGUGAGGCUGGUGACUGCCGACUACUACAUGGCGAGCCCGCUGCGGGGGCUGGACGUCUGCCAGGCGCCGCUCAGCCAGGCCCCGGUCCGGAGCGUGCCGGUGGUGCGAGUCUUCGGGGCGACCCCGGCAGGUCAGAAGACAUGUCUGCAUCUACAUGGCAUCUUUCCUUACCUCUAUGUGCCAUAUGAUGGUCAUGGACAAGAGCCAGAAAGCUAUCUUUCUCAGAUGGCAUUCAGUAUCGACAGAGCACUUAAUGUGGCUUUAGGCAAUCCAUCUUCUACUGCUCAGCACGUGUUCAAAGUGUCAUUAGUAUCAGGAAUGCCUUUUUAUGGUUACCAUGAAAAGGAAAGACACUUUAUGAAGAUCUAUCUUUACAAUCCUGCAAUGGUGAAAAGGAUAUGUGAACUUUUGCAAAGUGGAGCCAUAAUGAAUAAAUUUUACCAGCCUCAUGAAGCGCAUAUUCCCUACCUCCUACAGCUCUUCAUCGACUACAAUCUCUAUGGAAUGAAUUUAAUAAAUCUGGCUGCUGUCAAGUUCCGAAAAGCGAGAAGGAAAAGUGAUCCAUUGUGUGCAACUGGAUCUUGCAAAGAUCGGCUAACAGGAAAUUCUUUUACUGGUACUUUAUUUCGGUGGGAAGAAGAUGAAAUACCAAGCUCUUUAAUACUGGAAGGUGUUGAACCACAGAGCACAUGUGAGUUAGAAGUGGAUGCUGUAGCUGCUGAUAUCUUAAAUCGGCUGGACAUUGAAGCUCAAAUUGGCGGAAACCCUGGUCUGCAGGCUAUAUGGGAAGAUGAAAAGCAACGGCGAAGAAACAGAAGUGAAACUUCUCAAAUCAGCCAACCUGAAUCACAAGAUCUCAGGUUUGUGCCGGCAACAGAAAGUGAAAAAAAAUUUCAGAAGAGACUUCAGGAAGUUCUCAAACAGAAUGAUUUCUCUGUAACAUUAUCAGGAUCUGUGGGCUGCAGCGAUGCGUCCCAGGAGUUCUCUGCUGAGCUAACGCUGUUCUCCGAGGCUCUGUCUCCUCAAAGUCUUCCAUGUACGCCAGCUAAUAUGGUAGAAGUCCACAAAGACACAGAGCUGAGCAAAGGUCACAUUAAAUACAAAGUGGAGGAAGCUGUUAUUAAUGAAGAGGCAAUUUUGAACGUCAUGGAAAAUAGUCAGACUUUUCAGCCUUUGACCCAAAGACUGAGUGAGUCAGCAGUUUUCUUGGAGAGCAGUCCUGAUGAGGCUCUGGUACAUCUUCUUGCUGGUUUGGAAAAUGAUGGAUAUCAGGGGGAAAGGCAUAGGAUGCCGUCAUCAUGUGCUCUUGGAAACAUCAAGAAUCUCCAAAAUAGUGAUGAUGAAGAAAAUGAACCACAGAUCGAAAAAGAAGAAAUGGAGCUUAGUUUGGUGAUGUCUCAGAGAUGGGACAGCAAUAUUGAAGAACAUUGUGCCAAAAAGAGAUCACUGUGCAGAAACACCCAGAGAAGCUCAACUGAAGAAGAUUCGUCUUCAGAAGAAGAGAUGGAGUGGAGUAGUGACAGUUUGCUUCUAGCCAACCUCUCUAUACCUCAGCUUGAUGGAACUGCAGAUGAGAACAGUGACAAUCCACUGAACAACGAAAAUUCCAGAACCCACUCUUCUGUGAUCGCAGCCAGCAAGCUGUCUGUAAAAACUUCCAUCUUUCACAAAGAUGCUGCUACAUUAGAGCCCCCGUCUUCAGCUAAGAUCACCUUUCAGUGCAAACACACAAGUGCCCUUUCUUCCCAUGUUCUGAACAAGGAAGAUUUAAUUGAAGACCUUUCACAACCACACAACAAAGAAAAAGGUCUGGAUCAUUCAGCUGCUGCUGUUACAAGCGAAAGCACUUACUCUCUGAAAUACCCUGGAUCUGUAAGCAGCACUGUCCAUUCAGAAAACUCUCAAAAAGAAAGUAGCAAGAAAGAUACCCUCCCAGUAUCUUCCUGUGAAAGUAGUAUUUUUGAUUAUGAAGAAGAUACUCCAUCUGUUACAAGACAAGUACCAAGUAGAAAGUAUACAAACAUUAGAAAAAUUGAUAAAGAUGCCCCUUUUAUACAUAUGAACCGUCACGCUAGCGAAAGUACAUUGAGCAAAAAUUCUUUCAACUUUACUGACUCAAGUCAUUCAAAAAGAAAAUCAGCCUCUGAAGGAAGUGAAAAAAGACACAGUACAGCUAUGAAUAGCUUGUUCCCUUCAUCAUUGACUGAAAACUGUGAGCUGCUGUCAUGCUCAGGGGAGAAUAGAACUGUGGUACAUUCUCUUGAUAGCAUUGCUGAUGAAAGUGGACUGAAUAAGCUUAAAAUUAGAUAUGAAGGAUUUCAAGAACAUAAAACAGAAAAGCCAAGCCUCAGCCAGCAAGCAGCACAUUAUAUGUUUUUCCCCAGUGUUGUCCUCUCUAACUGUCUCAGUAGGCCACAGAAACUCUCCCCUGUCACAUACAAACUACACCCCAGCAAUAGGCAGUCCCGGUUAAAAAUGAACAGGAAGAAGUGUAUAGGUCACCAGGAGACGUCCACCAAAACUAGUGAGACUGGACCCACAAAAGAGAACUGUGUGCAAAGUCUUCCUUGUUACAGUCACCCUGAGAAGGAUGGCACAUUGGCUGAUGAUGUGAUUAAAGUCACUCGUGGAGCUUUUGAAAAUAAAACACCUAUGGACAGUUUUAUAGACUGCCCUUUUGGAGAUGGAACGUUAGACACUGAGCAAACCUUUGGAUUGUAUGGAAACAAGUACACGCUUAGAGCCAAACGCAAGGUGAAUUAUGAAACUGAGGAUAGUGAGUCGGGUUUUGUAACACACAACGCAAAAAUCAGCCUACCUCAUCCCACAGAAAUUGGUGGAAGUAUAGAUGGAAAUCUCAAAUCUCGAAAACGAAGAAAAAUGUCUAAAAAGCUGCCCCCUGUCAUCAUAAAGUAUAUUAUUAUUAAUAGAUUUAGAGGGAGAAAAAAUAUGCUUGUGAAGCUAGGAAAAAUAGACUCUAAAGAAAAACAAGUAAUAUUAACAGAAGAAAAAAUGGAACUGUAUAAAAAGCUUGCACCUUUGAAGGAUUUUUGGCCAAAAGUUCCUGACUCCCCUGCAACCAAAUACCCCAUUUAUCCACUAACACCAAAGAAAAGUCACAGAAGAAAAUCAAAACAUAAGUCUGCUAAGAAAAAAACUGGUAAGCAACAAAGGACAAAUAGUGAGAGUAUUAAAAGACCUUUGUCUUUCAGGAAAAAACGGUCCCAUGCUGUUCUUUCACCCCCCUCACCAUCUUACAGUGCUGAAACCGAAGACUGUGACUUGAAUUACAGUGAUGUUAUGUCUAAACUAGGUUUUCUUUCUGAGAGAAGCACAAGUCCCAUAAAUUCUUCUCCACCUCGCUGCUGGUCUCCUACAGAUCCAAGAGCUGAAGAAAUUAUGGCUGCUGCAGAUAAACAAGUGAUGCUUUUUAAGGGUCUUAAUGCACAUAGUAGCAAGACCGUUAAUUCUCGUAUAGAAAAAAACAGACGAGCAAGAGCACAGGUUAAGAAAUCAAAGACUAAGCUUGUUAAUCCCCCUGUAGUUACCAAGAAAAGGAACAAACGAAAUCAGACAAAUAAACUAGUAGAUGAUGGGAAAAAGAGACCACGAGUGAAACAGAAACAAAAAACAAAUGGGAAAGGUACGCCAAGAAAGCACAUAACGUUUAAGGAUGAAAAGGUAAAAUCUCAGCCUGUGCUGAAAUAUCAGCAUGUGUCUGAGUCCCCCAGGAGUCCUGGAGGCUCUCCACUGCUAUUCAAACAGAGAGAGGUGUCACCAGCAGGCUCUGCUGUAGGGCCUCCCCUGUCUGCCCCACUGCCCACUGGAAUCCAUGCACCACAGAACUCACCUGGCUGCUUUUCUUCUUUCUUAGAAAGCAAGAAGCCUGGAGGUGUGCAGACAUUCCCCAGUUCACGAGAUGAUGUGUAUUCAUCGGUUGUUUGCAGCUCUUUGGGACCUGGAAUCUCCAAAGUUAACGUUCAGAGAUCUCAUAAUCAAAGUGCUAUGUUUACUCUGAAGGAAUCAACCUUAAUUCAAAAAAAUGUAUUCGACCUUUCCAACCGUUUGUCUCAGGUAGCACAGAAUACACAGACAUCUCCAGGUAUAAUGUCUCCAAAGACAGAAGAUAGUGCAAAUACACAGAAAAACUACUUGUCAUCUUUUGGAAAAUUAAGUGAAUAUCAUAAUCCCAUAGACCCAAAGCCAGACCAGAUGUGUGCCCCUGGUUUUUUGCACUGCAGAGACAGUCAGCAGCAGCCUGUAUGCAUGGCAGAGCCUCCAAAGCCCAGCGAGGCCUGUCCUCCCGGAAGUGCAGCAGCGGACGAGAGCCAGACAUCUGACAGCUGCCCUGUGACUUCCUGGAGAAGCCCGAUCAAACGGAUCGCGUGGGGGCAAAAACAAAGAGGCUUUGUUUUAGAUAUGUCAAAUUUUAAAUCUGAAAGGGUAAAAGAGAGGGCACUGUCAGAAGCCAUUUCACAAACCAAAGCACUUUCUCGGUGUAAAAAUCGAACUGUGCCAACACCUUCAGCAUUUGGUGAAGGACAGUCUGGACUGGCAGUUCUAAAAGAAUUGUUACAGAAAAGACAGCAGAAAGCACAAAAUGCAAAUAUUAUGCAAGAUCCAUUAUCUAGUAAGCAGCAACCAAACAAAAAUAUUUCUGGUUCCCUUGAGCAUAACAGAACAAUAAAACGAACACGAUCAGUAACAUCUCCAAGAAAACCUCGAACUCCCAGAAGUACAAAAGCUAAAGAAAAAAUUCCCAAACUUCUUAAAGUAGACUCUCUAAAUUUACAAAACUCUGGCCAAGUGGAUAACUCCGCAUCGGAUGACAGUCCCAUCUUUUUUUCAGAUCCAGGUUUUGAAAGUUGUUACUCACUUGAAGAUAGCUUGUCUCCCGAACAUAAUUAUAAUUUUGAUAUUAAUACAAUAGGUCAAACUGGAUUUUGUAGCUUCUAUUCUGGAAGUCAGUUCGUCCCAGCUGAUCAGAAUUUGCCGCAGAAGUUCUUGAGUGAUGCAGCUCAGGAUCUCUUCCCAGGACAGACGAUAGAAAAGCCUGAGUUUUUAAAUCACGAUGACCAGAAGUGUGGUGACGCCCGGCGCCUCGCCUCGGCCUCGCGGGUCGGACCCAGCGCCGCCAGCCCCGAGCUCUUUGACAGCCCCGAGAGCCGUCGCCACGACCAGUGGGAAAGCAGCUUUCACUCUCUGACCACCCGGUCUAAUUCGUUAAUGGAUUCUUUCUGUGUCCAGCAGGCAGAGGACUGUUUAAAUGAAAAGCCCAGACUGAGCAGGAGCUCAGUGAGUAAGGAGGUGUUCCUGAGCCUCUCGCAGCCAGGCCACUCCGGCUGGAUUCCGGGCCGUGCCAGGAAGGGCGCGGGGCAGCCCCUCGACUCAGGCGGCGCCUCUCGUACCACGAGACUGCCCUCCCCUGACGGCGAACUUGCGGACGCGGCGUCCGAAGACUUAGAACUGUACGCUUCGAGGAAUCAUGACGUGCUGACACCAACUCCCGACAGCUCACCGAGGUCCACUAGCUCUCCCUCGCAAUCCAAAAACGGCAGUUUCACCCCUCGGACUGCUCACGUUCUGAAACCACUUAUGUCCCCACCAAGUAGGGAAGAAAUUAUGGCAACUUUAUUGGAUCAUGACCUUUCAGAAACCACUUACCAGGAACCGUUCUGCAGCAAUCCUUCGGAUGUGCCGGAAAAGCCCAGGGAGAUUGGUGGACGGCUUCUCAUGGUAGAAACUCGACUUCCAAAUAAUCUGGCUGAGUUUGAAGGAGACUUUUCCUUGGAAGGACUUCGUCUGUGGAAAACAGCAUUCUCAGCUAUGACUCAGAAUCCAAGACCAGGAUCCCCCCUUCGCAAUGGCCAACCAGUUGUCAAUCAAGGGUCAAGUAUUAGCCAUAAAAUGGUUGAAGAUAAAAAAAUUGUGAUCAUGCCUUGCAAAUGUGCCCCAAGUCGACAACUGGUUCAAGCAUGGCUUCAAGCCAAAGAAUAUGAGCGCUCCAAGAAACUGUCCAAGAUUGAGCUGGCUGCGGUUGACAUGUCUGCUGAGAACUUCGCCUCCUCAGUUAACCCAGAUGACCAACCUGUAGUGCCUCCAAAAGCGGGUACAGCUCCACACAUGCUCCCCACUACGGCAUAUGCCAAGGAAGCUGCUGGUGAUUCUCAAAUUUCUUUCCAGGCACCAACUACAGGAGGAUACAGUGGAACUGUAAGUGAGGGUCAGGCGCUACCACCGGCUCUUCCUUCAAAUGACCCUGAGAAAGAAGAAGAUGGCGAUGCCUAUUACGUUAGUUAUAGCUCCCCGGAUUCUCCAGUAAUUCCCCCUUGGCAACAAGCAACAUCCCCAAAUUCCAAAACAUUAAAUGGAGGUGGCAGCCUCCCGUCCCCGGUGGAGGAGCUGCAUUCCCUGACCACUGAGAACUUGUUACAGCCGGUAAAAGGUGGAACGCAGAAAAGCCCCUGCAGCGAGCCUCAGGAGCCUCCGGUGAUGUCUCCCAUCAAUGUCAGGGCAAGACCCAGGGUGUGCGAGGCCCUCCGCCUUCACAGCACACCCAUCCCGCAGAGAAGACCUGUGGAAAGGCCUCCUGAGACCGCCGGCCUUAGCCCUUUAUCAGCAGAACCAAAAACCCAGAAAUUGAGUCAUAAGAAAGGAAGUAACCCUGACACUCUUAGAAGAGUACUCUUAACACCAAUAAAGAAUCAAUUUGCAGCAGUAAACACCCCAAAGAAAGAAACUUCUCAGAUUGAUGGACCAUCCUUAAACAAUACUUACGGUUUCAAAGUCAGCAUACAAAAUUUACAGGAGGCAAAGGCUUUACAUGAGAUUCAAAAUCUUACCCUCAUCAGCGUGGAGUUACAUGCUCGAACUAGACGAGACUUAGAGCCAGACCCUGAGUUCGAUCCGAUCUGCGCUGUGUUCUACUGCGUCUCGUCGGACACCGCACUGCCGGACACAGACCGAACGGAGCUCACGGGCGCCAUAGUGAUCGACAAAGACAGGGCGGCCUCCAGUCAAGACAUCAGAUAUAAGACUCCAUUACUUAUAAGAUCUGGAAUUACAGGACUAGAAGUUACCUAUGCUGCUGAUGAGAAAGCGCUUUUUCAAGAAAUUGCAGAUAUAAUAAAGAGAUAUGAUCCUGAUAUUCUGCUAGGAUAUGAGAUUCAGAUGCAUUCCUGGGGUUAUCUCUUACAAAGAGCGGCUGCCUUAAGUGUUGAUUUAUGUCAGAUGAUCUCCCGGGUGCCAGAUGACAAAAUUGAGAACAGAUUUGCAGCUGAAAGAGAUGAGUAUGGAUCAGGUACAAUGAGUGAGAUAAAUAUUGUUGGCCGAAUUACACUAAAUCUUUGGAGAAUCAUGAGAAAUGAGGUGUCACUAACUAACUACACCUUUGAAAAUGUGAGCUUUCAUGUUCUUCAUCAGCGUUUUCCCCUCUUCACCUUUCGAGUCUUAUCAGAUUGGUUUGAUAACAAGACAGAUCUAUACAGAUGGAAAACAGUUGAUCAUUACAUUAGCCGUGUCCGUGGAAAUCUCCAGAUGUUAGAGCAGCUGGACCUGAUUGGGAAAACAAGUGAAAUGGCUAGGCUUUUUGGCAUUCAAUUUUUACAUGUACUCACAAGGGGUUCACAGUACCGUGUGGAGUCCAUGAUGCUGCGGAUCGCUAAACCGAUGAACUACAUCCCCGUGACGCCCAGCACGCAGCAGAGGUUCCACAUGAGGGCGCCGCAGUGCACCCCCCUAGUCAUGGAGCCCGAGUCCCGCUUCUAUAGCAACUCCGUCCUGGUGUUGGAUUUCCAGUCUCUGUACCCUUCUAUUGUGAUCGCGUACAACUACUGUUUCUCCACCUGCCUUGGCCGUGUGGAGAGCUUGGGAAAGUAUGAUGAGUUCAAGUUUGGCUGCACCUCUCUAAGAAUACCUCCAGAUUUACUUUACCAAAUUCGGCAUGAUAUCACCGUGUCCCCCAGCGGCGUAGCCUUUGUCAAGCCUUCAGUAAGAAAGGGUGUGCUACCAAGAAUGCUUGAAGAAAUUUUGAAGACUAGACUGAUGGUGAAGAAGUCAAUGAAGGCUUACAAACAAGACAGAGCUCUUUCACGAAUGCUCGAUGCACGUCAGCUGGGACUUAAGCUUAUAGCAAAUGUCACAUUUGGCUAUACAGCUGCUAAUUUUUCUGGGAGAAUGCCAUGCACUGAGGUUGGUGAUAGUAUUGUUCACAAAGCCAGAGAGACCUUGGAACGAGCUAUUAAACUGGUGAAUGAUACCAAGAAAUGGGGUGCUAGGGUUGUAUAUGGUGAUACUGACAGUAUGUUUGUACUACUCAAAGGAGCCACUAAGGAGCAGUCAUUUAAGAUCGGGCAGGAAAUUGCUGAAGCCGUGACUGCGGCCAACCCCAGACCCGUGAGACUCAAGUUUGAGAAGGUGUAUCUGCCCUGCGUCUUACAAACAAAAAAGAGGUAUGUGGGUUACAUGUAUGAAACACUGGAUCAGAGGGACCCAGUAUUCGAUGCAAAGGGGAUAGAAACAGUCAGAAGAGAUUCCUGUCCUGCUGUUCCUAAGAUACUUGAGCGUUCUCUGAAGCUGCUAUUUGAAACACGAGAUAUAAGUUUAAUUAAACAGUAUGUUCAGCGACAAUGUAUGAAGCUUCUGGAAGGAAAGGCCAGCAUCCAAGAUUUUAUCUUUGCCAAGGAAUAUAGAGGAAGUUCCUCUUACAGACCUGGAGCUUGUGUGCCAGCCCUUGAACUCACAAGGAAAAUGCUUACUUACGACCGGCGCUCUGAGCCUCGGGUUGGGGAGCGAGUGCCCUAUGUCAUCAUUUACGGGGCCCCUGGAGUACCCCUCAUCCAGCUGGUGAGGCCCCCGGGAGAGGUCCUGCAGGACGCAGCUCUGAGACUGAACGCCACGUACUACAUCACCAAGCAAAUCCUUCCACCCCUGGCAAGAAUCUUCUCACUCAUUGGGAUAGACGUCUUCAGCUGGUAUCAUGAGUUACCAAGGAUCCAGAAGGCCACCAGCUCCUCGCGAAGUGACCCCGAAGGGCGGAAAGGCACUAUUUCCCAGUACUUCACUGCCUUACGCUGCCCUGUGUGUGACGACGUGACUCAGCACGGCAUCUGCGGCACGUGUCGGAGCCAGCCGCAGCAGGUGGCCGUCGUCCUCAGCCAGGAGGUCCGAGAGCUGGAGCAUAAACAGGAGCAGCUCGCAAAGGUCUGCAAGAACUGUGCAGGCUGCUUUGACCAGCAUGUCCCGUGUGUCUCUCUCAACUGCCCUGUACUUUUCAAACUCGCCCGAGUCAACAGAGAGUUAUGCAAGGCCCCAUAUCUCCGGCGAUUGCUGGACCAGUUCUGAGGGGUCGGUGUUGGAGUCCAGGUGCUGUUUGCUCCUCAGCGUUCACCACGGAACCGCUGCGCACGGUGCUUCUCGCCCCCCUGCGGUCAGUGUGUCUGUCCGUCUAGCCUGUGAGGACUGAAGCCUGUGAGGGCUGCACGCCGACUGAACUGAGAAUCCGACUUGCCUGAGUGGCUCCCGCCUUGCCGUGUAGAGUCCUCCUCGCACCUUCUUCACAUUGUUUUAUGACGUGGGUGUUGAAUUUGCUCCAGUAUGUGUGACAUCGUGUGAAUCCAUGUGAGUAGAUCAGGGUUACUUCCCUGUGGGCGGAGCACCAAGAACCUCUUUUUACAAAACCAUCCAUGUGUUCCCUUGGACUGUCUGUACCAAGACGUGUUACUUAGAGAUAUCCAUUCACUUUAUAAUUUUGACUGCAAAAUAUUUUGUAAAUACACUUUUUUACUUUUCAAACAACUGAGUAAAAUAACGUGCAAUGAAUUUUAUACAAAUGAUUUUCAUGUUGUUUGGUAUAUUUCCUCUAGGUUUUGCUUGACUCAGAGUAGAGUUGUUAUUUUGAUCAAACUGUGCAAAUAAUAGUACCAUCGUAGCAUUUGGACAUUACUUUCCAAGCCACUGUCUUGCUUUAGCUGUUACGGGGCAUUGUGAGGAACCGUGCAAAGACACUUUUGUCACAAACCUGUGGGCCUGUUGCAAUACUUUAAAAAUAAAAAGUUUUAUUCCAUUUUUGCUUGUUUUGUAUAGACAUUUCUAUUGCUUCUAAAUAUACUUAAAAUAUUUUCUUUCCUUAUGUACUGUACAGUUAAUCUUAUUUACCAUCAUGUUGAACACAAAAUGUGUAUUUAGAAUAUUUGUACAACUAACUGUAUAGAAUGAAAAGGAAUUAUGUGGUCAGUGCAUUGUUUUCUAAACUGGAAAUCAUUUUGUUUUAAAAGUUAACAAUGGAAACCAUAUUAAAAUUGAAUAAAAUAUGAAAUAUG